GUAAGAGCAGCUGGGCAAGGAAGUGAUUAGCAGUGAAAAUAAGUGAGCCAUAAUGAGAUUAUUGCUGUGCGUGCUUACCAUUCUAUCGCUGCUGGCAGGGAUCGGUGCCGUUUUCCAGGGUGGAGUGUUGGACCUGAACUUCUUUCGCUGCAUGUGGACAAAGAACUAUGAGUGCCCGCACGAGGACAUACGGUUUUUCCUCUACACACCAACGUUUCGCAAGGGCAAAGUGAUCGACAUGAACAAACCGAAGACGAUCUUCAAGGCGGGCUUCAACACGAACCAGCAAACGGCGAUCAUCAUCCACGGCUUCAACGGCACGCAAACCAGUCGGCACAUUAUGUUCCUGAAAGACGCGUAUCUUUCGCGUAAGUUCAACGUGUUUGCCGUCGAUUGGGAGGUACUGUCGCAGUACCCGUGCUACCUCUCGUCGCUGUCCAACACCAAACUGGUGUCCCAGUGCACGGCUCAGCUCUACUCGUUCCUUACGUUCGCCGGCUGUACUAGCAAACAGAUCACCUGCGUGGGCCAUUCGCUCGGCGCUCACAUUUGCGGCAUGAUGAGCAAUCACUUGACCAAGAAGCAGUACAGAAUAAUAGGAUUGGAUCCUGCGCGGCCGCUGAUAGAGAAGCACGCAUCGACCAAGUUCCGGCUGACGCGAGAUGACGCCCGGUCGGUACAGAUCAUCCACACCAAUGCCGGUCUGCUGGGACAGAGCGCUUUCACGGGUCGGGUGGACUUUUGCAUCAACGGUGGCCAAGUGCAGCCGUACUGCGAGGGAGACAGGAUAAAACAAGCGCGAUGUAGUCACUUCCUGAGCGUGUGUUAUCUGGCCAACGCGAUCCUGGCCGCACGACCGAUGCGCGCGGUGCGCUGCCCGUCGGGAUGCGUGCCAGACAAUCGGAUACCUUUCGUUAAGUCCAACCGAGUGCGACUGAAAUGGGUCCGUGUGGGGCAGGAUACGCCGGGAAAGAUGGUGCUGUUGCUAAAGGUCGUCCUCAGCUCGAUGCUGAUCAGCGGUGGUGUUAUGAUUUACGCCCAGGCGCAGCAUCUACUGGCGCAGGCGCUCUUCCUCGGCGACCCGGACUCGUACAACAACACGCGCGAGGACUGCGUGUGGAAGCGGGGCAACGGCCAGGAUCAGGUCUGCCCGGACCAGGACAUCCAGAUCUUCCUCUACACGUCCGGCAUCGUGAAGGAUAAAUUCAAGUUCGAUCACCGGCUUCGGGACUGGUUGAACAACACGGAAUGGGACCACACGAAGGAGAACAUCAUUCUGAUACACGGGUACGCCGGCGGUGAUGAUACGCUACCGAUUGCGGUUCUGCGCGAUGCCUACAUUAACCACGGUGGGUACAAUGUGUUUCUCGUCGACUGGGGUGCCCUCUGCCAGCCACCGUGCUACGUGGCCGCCGUCUACAAUAUCCGCCCGGUGGCGACCUGUUUGGCCCAGAGCCUGAUGCAGCUGCGCGAUCUGGGGCUGCCGGUGGAGCGGACAACGUGCGUCGGCCACUCGCUCGGUGCGCACAUCUGUGGGCUGAUGGCCAACUAUCUCAACUUCCGAAUGGAGCGAAUCAUCGCUCUCGAUCCCGCCAGACCACUGAUCAAGCCGGGCGGAGUGAACCGCCUGGACCAAGGGGAUGCCAAGUACGUGCAGGUGAUACACACCAACGCUGGCCACUACGGGGAAGGUGGCCGUGUGGGGCACAUCGAUUUCUGCGUCAACGGCGGCCGCCGGCAACCGUACUGUGGAAAUAGCACCAACAUUAAUCUGUGCAGCCACAUCUGGGCCAUCUGCUACCUGGCGCAGUCACUGUACGAAGGACACGAACCGAUGGCGGAACCCUGCAGCCGUCGGUGUCCCUCGAAUGCCGUCCUGUCCGGGCUCCGAGAAGGCCGCCGCCGAAGGUUUGGCUACGCGAUGGGCUACGCCAUUCCGAUGGGCCUGAGAACACCGCCAAAAAAUGGCAAAUCUAAUAUGUCCGCGAAGGAGCUGCUGCUCAUCUGGCUGGCCAUCGCCAUCGGUGCACGGGCGCACGACUGGAAGAUAGGUCCGUGCCAGGUGCAGUUCCUUGAGCCGUGCACCUCGAAAACGAUCGCGUUCUACGUGUUCUCGUCGGACCAUCCGAACGAUGGACCGAUACUGCUCGAUUCCAUCGAUCCGCGUGUUCCUGAGCACAUUUCGUUGAACCUCACCAACAAGCUGAUCGUGCACGGGUACGGUGGAAGCAUCGAUUUCAACGCCACCAAAAAGAUCCGCAAAGCCUACCUCCGACAGCCGCACACCAACGUGUUUAUCGUGGACUGGGGAAAACUCUCCCGACUGCCCUGCUACCCAACGGCCGCCUUCAACACCAAGCAGGCCGGCGAGUGCACCGCCACGUUCCUACUCGGGCUGCAGGCGAACCACCCGGAGUUCAGUAGCCGCGAGCUGCACGCCAUCGGCUUCAGUCUGGGGGCGCACGUUCUAAGCUUCACCAGCAACGCGCUGGAAAAGUCGAUCGGUGUCCGAUUCAAGCGUAUCACAGGUCUCGAUCCGGCUCUGCCAUUCUUUGCCACGGCCAGACCCCACUGGAAGCUGGACCAGGGCGAUGCAGACUUUGUGGACGUGAUCCACACGAACGCGGGCGUCUACGGGAAGAUCGAAACAUGCGGCCAUGUCGAUUUCUACAUGAACGGUGGCCAAAACCAGCCCGGCUGCGAGAAUGAUCCAAAUCAACCGCUUUGCAGCCACAAGAUGGCGGCCGCGUACUUUGCGGAAUCGAUCAACAGCAAGCAUGGCUUCUGGGCAACGCGCUGCACGAGUUACUUUGCAUACUUUUUCGGCUUCUGUAAGUACCGUGUCGAUCAGCAGCAGCAACAGCAGUCAUCGAUCGCCGGCGGAGAUAGCCGUCGGUCACGGAGCAGCGAGGAAGCCGUCACCAGUCAGCCGCCGGUGACCGUCUUUGGCGAAAACAACAAUGAGUUCGAUAGCGAUCGCAUACUGAUGGGCGAGCACUGUUCGGAGACUGUCGAAGGGGUUUACUUUGUGGCAACGAACCCAGAACCACCGUACGCGAUGGGCUUCUACUAAUGAGUAGAAACAGAUGCACUGAUCGGACUGAUGAGGACUCCGGACACCCAAGAAGGCGGCCGGCAAAUUGUCUCGCGAAGCGUACCAAAACCAAGUACCGGAUGCCGCGGGGCGUAAUGUUUUUAAUCGAAUGCAAGGGAUCGGAACGCGGUGGAGACAUGGAUUUCACCUCGCACCGGUGGCGUCGUGACGUUGCCUCAUACUCGUCAAAACUCGCUCUAACAACAAACAUAAACGAUCCGAAAUACGGUGCAGUACGGCGGCCGCGGGUUCAGUUCUCGGUAAUGGUUUCAUUACGCUCGCCCGCUCGCUAGGCUGACUCAGAAGAUCAUGACUGUGAAGUAAAGGGAUAGUGCAAUUAUGAAUUAGCAGUGAUUUAUCGAACUGUUUGAAGACCGUCGGUUGGUGGCGGUUGCCGGCACGUUGCCCCAUUGAAAGAUCAGUGGUAAUUUGUUGGGUCAUUUGAUCGGCAGGUCGACUGAGCACGGCAUCAUCUUGAGGACCUGACCUUCAGCAGCGUCUCUGCAGGAUAGCGCUGUGAAAGAAAAUAGGCGUAAAUGUUAAAGAUCGGAAGCCGCGAUGCGCCCAAGAGCUGAGUGAUCUUCGGUCAACAAUAAAAAUGUGACAGAAAAGCGAGUGGU